UAAUGGCGUAUCCCAUCUUCAUUGUUCUUGCAUGUGAAAUGGCAGUCAGUUUAUAUCUAUUAUCUUAAUGGAAGUAUUCCUUGAUUUGUAUUUUGACACUAUUCUGCCAAACCUUCUUCGAUUGAUUUCUAGGUUGACGCACAAACUGGAAGGCCUCGUGUAAACUUUAGAGAGACAAUAACACAGCGGGCAGAAUUUGAUUACUUGCAUAAGAAACAGACUGGUGGGCAAGGCCAAUACGGACGUGUUUGUGGGUAUGCGUAGGCCUAAAUAUAUAUAGAGCCCCUUUCAGCAGACGCAGCAACAAAAUUUGAAUUUGAUAACAUGAUAAUUGGGCAAGCAAUCCCAUCAAACUUUAUUCCAGCCAUCGAGAAAGGUUUCAAGGAAGCUUGCAACUCGGGUUCAUUGAUAGGGCAUCCCGUUGAGAAUAUUAGAAUAGUCUUGACAGAUGGUGCUUCACAUGCUGUUGAUUCCAGUGAACUUGCUUUCAAGUUAGCAUCUAUCUAUGCUUUGAGACAGUGUUAUGCUGCAGCAAAGCCCGUCAUAUUGGAACCUGUUAUGAAGGUGGAAUUGAAAUUUCCAACUGAGUUUCAGGGCACCGUUACUGGUGAUAUUAACAAGAGAAAAGGAAUUAUUGUUGGAAAUGACCAGGAGGGUGAUGAUACGGUAAUUGUUACCCAUGUACCGUUAAAUAAUAUGUUUGGCUAUUCAACCUCCUUGCGGUCCAUGACCCAGGGGAAAGGGGAAUUCACCAUGGAAUACCUGGAGCACUCAGCAGUUUCCCAAGAUGUGCAGAUGCAGCUCAUCAACACCUACAAGGCAAGCAAGGGAACAACAGAUUAAGUUAAAUUACAAACACAGCCAGGGUUCUUACAGCAGGUUAAUUAUAUAAAGUUAUAAGUUACGUUUUGAUCCUUCUUUUUUUUUAAAUUUUUUUUUAAACUUUUGCGAUUAGAUGCAUACGUCCCUGUUAAUUAUGCAUACGUCCCUGUUAUAAGUUACGAUUUAUGUGAGAGUUGAUUAUGGUCAGGUCCCUGUUAUAAUGUCUCAAUGAAAGGAUGUAUACGUCCCUAUUCACGCUGAUUUAUUCCUGUAAUAAGUUCUCCAUAAUUUUGAUAGAAUAAAUAAAUGAUUAAUCUGUGGGCAGCAGGAAAGUCGAUUAAUAUGAAUAUUGCAGUUC